AUGCAGCCGCUUGCGUCUUCCACCGCCCCUACAGAAGAAAUUCAAAGCAAACAGCACGCGGCUGCAAGCGCCAUCGCCAGAGUGACUGUGAGUAAGGCCAUCGAUGAGGCGGUCGCCUGGAUACUAUCCGACCCGUCGGAGUGCUUUCUCUACAAGUUCCCCCGCGAAUGCGAGCAACGGCCCAACACCAACAAUCGCCUACAGCUUGCACAAAUCGCCGCUUUGGAGGCCUACGGCGCCUCAACUUCGGCGAAAGAGCGGCGGAGCAGCGUGCGUGCAGUCACCAAAUCGAAUGUGCGCAAACGCAUAGACUGGCUGCGCAUCGACGAGGUCUCGUUGCACCAGGUCGUGCAGUUGGUCUACGAUUACCUCAGCUUAUGGCGCCUU